AUUUUUACUUCUCACCAUCGAAGAAUCCCUCUAUCAACCUCUCUCUCUCUCUCAUUCCUUUUCUCUUUUAAUAAAACUUUUUCAAUUUAUUUUCCCAUGAAGUGAUCCCAAACGAAAAUAGAGGCUACUUUGCUUCCUUGUUUCUUGUCUUGGAUUUUCAUAAUUAAUAAUUUUUCACCAACUUGUGGGCUUUUUUAGUUCUAUAAAUUCUCCGCUUGAAUCACAUAGAGUCCUCUUCCACUUUCUCCUUCUUUCUUUCUUAUUACCCUCUCUCUAGGUAGCUAGCAAGAUAUUUCUUAUAUAUCCUAUGGUCCGUGAGAGCCCUUGUUCUCUACCAAGCCUUUCUUCCACAUGUUCCCUGCCAUGCUGAGCUUUAACUCAUUCUCUUCCUAAGUUCCAUAUCAAAUACCCUUUCAGAUUCUCUUACCUUCUCUCAUCGUUCUCCUCCUUAAACUUCACUUUUUCUUUUGGCUUCAGCAUGCGCAACCCAUAUAGCAAAUCUUCUAUCAUCCUUAAUUCUAAUACUUAAGUUUGAAACUUUUUAGUAUUGGGUCGGAGAAUUUGACGCUUGGGAACAUAAAGUCUCUAAUUUUUUUUUCUGUGUUUUUAAUAGCUAUUAGAAGUGCAUAUUAAAUGUCCAACAUCUUGUUGUUGAUGUUUGAUAUUCAUGUAUCCGAUUCUCAGUGAAAUCUUCUUUUCCGGGUGUAUGAUCAAUUCUACUGUAAGGCGCAGGACCCAUUUAGUUCAAUCCUUCUCAGUUGCUUUCCUCUAUUGGCUUUACUACGUUUCAUGAUUUCUAACCUUUUCUUAGUUUAACGCUAUAUCAUCAAUAAUAAUAUCAUUAUAUCAUCUACUACUACUACUACUAUUAUUACAUAUAAAUACUAAAUCUGCAGUAAUUUUCUGAGUUUGUGUUUAGUGUCUGGGUCCUGUGCCAAGUGUGUUAAUUGAAAAGAAAAAGGGUCGUGCAAUAUCCUAUCUCCUGUUAAUUAAUCUCUGGUUAUCACCAUAAUAUGGCUUCCUCGAGUGGAACAUCUUCAGGGUCAUAUAUGCUUCAGAACUCAGGUUCAGAAGAGGACUUGCAGUUGCUUAUGGAUCAAAGGAAGAGGAAGAGGAUGAUAUCCAAUCGUGAAUCUGCAAGGCGAUCUAGAAUGAGAAAGCAGAAGCACUUGGAUGAUCUGGUUUCUCAAGUGGCUCAGCUGAGGAAGGAGAAUCAGCAAAUUCUCACAAGCGUUAACAUCACCACCCAACAGUACAUGAGUGUCGAGGCUGAAAACUCAGUGCUGAGGGCUCAGGUUGGAGAGCUGAGUCACAGGUUAGAGUCUUUGAAUGAGAUCAUCGAGGUGCUGAAUGCCAGCACUGGGGUUUAUGGAGCAUCAAACAGCUUUUUUGAUCAAACCAAUAGCCUCUUCAACCCUUUCAAUAUGGCUUAUCUGAACCAGCCUAUUGUGGCUUCUGCAGACAUGUUUCAGUACUAAGAAGAGAAGAAAGGAAGAGUGGUAUUGUUGAUUUCUUCUAGGUGUUGAGUCUGUUGAGAAAUUGUAAUCACUACCAUAUGGUGAUAAGGAAUAAUGAAUGUGUAUCAUAAAGCUGGUGAGAUUGUUAGGUGCUGGUUCUGUGGAUGGGGCCUGUUUGGAGACUAAUAUGAAUUGGGAUAUGGGCCACUAUUGUUGCCACCCUCCUUUGCUAUAUUGUAAUAAUAAUAUUAACCUAGUUCUCUAUGUUAUUCUACCUAUAUCUUUUUUUUUUUUCAAUUGAAUGUUUUAUAUAAUUUGUAGUUCUAUGCUGAAAUCGGUGUUUAUUUGACUAAGUCGAGAGGGUAGACGAUUUUGCAAAUUAAUGUUGAAUGAUUGGGAAAGUGGACAAAUUUGAGUUCAUUACAUUAGUGAUCUUCCCUUGAACCUGGACAUAGAUGAUUCAUAUAUACAUUCAAUCACGGUUAAAUCUGUCACUUCUCUUUGGAUGGUGGUAUUUUGAAUUAUUUUUCUGCUGAUGUUUGCUCUUUCAUGCACUAUAAGGGGCAAACUAGGCUAUGCUUAUUGAGCAUUCACACAUACAAACUCGAGGCAAGUCAAAAGGCAAUUUCCACCAGGCUCCAUCGAAGAAGUUGAUUUUAAUGCGGUAUUAGUAUUUGGGGGCGAUUAGAAGACCUUAAUUAGGCGGUUCAAAGUGAUUUGUAACCUUUUUAUAAGGUUUUCAAAUCUUUUAAGCAUUUUUAACAUUAGUUGUUUACUAAUAGUAGAAUUUUACUGCGAUAAAAGUUAGUCACAUUAAUAAAAACCACACAUGUUGUCCAUUUGAAAAAGUGUAUCACAGAAAUUCAAUAAAAAUAAACUGUAAUUUUUUGUAAUACUGUUAAACUAGUAACUCAAACUUGCUCUAGGAAACAAUAAAAUUUAUCAAUACUAAGAAACAAGUUUUAAGAUAUCGAAAGAGAUUACUAGAAUUGUGUUUGUAUUGUCUAGGUUCCUCAUGUACUCAUAAAAAACACGUAUCUUAAUUAAAGA